UGAGACCAAAAAUGAGGUAUAAAAAGAAGCCUAAAACACUGGAUGUCAUUAGUGACUUCGAGUUUACAAGUUAUUAAAUAAACUGUCCAGCUUUUUAGCAAUUUACUAACUCUUUACACUGCUACAAAAUGUCUCACGAUGCACAAUAUGUAAGAUAUGAAAAACAAUUGGUUGAAUGGAAAAACUUCAAACCAGGAUCAGACGAGGAUAAACCCAUUCGAGUUGCUCUUUUUGGACUUGGUAGAAUUGGAUUGAUUCAUUUGGGUAAGAUCUUUUCCAACCCAAGAGUUAAAUUGGUUUACUGUGUUGAACCAAGCGCUGAAAGAUGUGCCUAUGUUCAAUCUAAAUGGAACUUGACUGAUGUCAAAUUCAUCGUAUCUGAAAGCGGUGAAGUUGUAUUCAAAGAUCCAAAUGUUGAAGCUGUUAUCAUUGGAACUCCAACUCCAACUCAUUUUAAUUUGCUGAUCAGUGCCCUUCAAGCUGGUAAACAUGUUCUCUGUGAAAAACCACUGGCCUCUGAUUAUCAAGGUAUGGAAAAGUGUUAUCGUUUAGCCAAGGAAAAGGGAGUUGUUCUGUUGACAGCUUUUAACCGCCGCUUUGAUCCAAGUUUUGCUGAUAUCCGAGACCGAGUCGCCAAUGGAGAGAUUGGAUCCAUUCACGUUAUCAAAAGCUGUGCAAGAGACUCGCCACGACCAACCAUUGAAUAUUUAGCCAGUUCUGGAGGAAUUUAUCACGAUUGUGCUGUUCAUGAUAUUGACAUGUUACUUUGGGUUACAGGCGAAUUCCCUACUCGAGUAAGUGCUCAUGGUGUGGCAUUCCACGAUGAUAUCAGAGCAAUAAAUGACCAUGACUCAGUUGGAAUUAUGUUGACUUUUCCUUCUGGCGCUGUUGGUAUGAUUGAUCUUGAUCGAAACUCACCUUAUGGUUAUGACCAGCGAGUUGAAGUAUUUGGCCCUAAAGGUAUGCUUUCUGCAUCUAAUUUACGACCCAAGGGUGUCGUUUCUGAGUCUUCUUCGGGUACUUCCCAAACACCCAUUUACUACUCGUUUGUUUCUCGAUAUGCUGAGUCUUAUGCUACUGAAUGGGAACAUUUCAUUGACUGUGUCAAAGGAAAGACUGAAUGUACCAUCAGAGAGUAUCAAUCUUUGGCUAGCUUCAUAGUCGCUGACGCUGCUGAAAAAUCAGCUCGAACUGGUCAACAGAUUAACUUAACAUGGGACGAGAAAAAGUUCCUAGUACGAGGAAUAAAAGGUAACUAAGAAAUCACAAAAUUCCUCUUAUGUUUGUAACCAUUUCAACUUCUAUUAAUAACUCUUGUUGGAUCUAAAUUAAAAUGCUAUUAGCCCUUGUUAACCUUAAA